CAUUUCUCAAUCUACUUUUUUGGAAUUUCAUUCAACCCUCAGCAUACAAUUUCCUCCACCCCCAAGCCUACAAAAAUUGAUGAUAUUCACUGAUACCGCUCUUCUGUGCUAAGAAAUUAUUUCAAAUACGAAAUAUAAUCGCGGUUCUACCAAACAACACUUCUAACAAAUUUAAUGGUUCAAAAUUUCUAAAUGACCCUUUGCAAUUACGGAACACAACAACUUGAACUAUUCUCCACCUCGUCUACUAGACCACAGUAGAUCAACACCAUACAGAAAAAGAUGAGCUCAUCUUCUGCCACCAUGCUUGCUUCUCCAAGUCCAACCUCUCUCUGCCAACCUCUCCAAGCCGAAGAAACGGGAGAUGCCGCAAAUGCCCCGCGUGCUGAAGAAGAGGAUAUCGUUUCCAAAGUCCUGUUGAGCAUCAAGGAUGAAGAACCUCCAAAACAAUGGCUCAUUAAGGGUUCGAAGUCGGCAGAAGAUUUCUACCCAGAAAACUUUCAUCGACGAAGGUAGUACUUACUGAAAAAUCACUAUUAUGAAGUAUCCUUUACCUACUAUCCCUCCUUUCUCUUUUCCUAGUUAGCUUGGAUCCACCCAUACUAUUGAAGUAUUACAAUCAGUUGUAGCUUAUGCGCGAGCCUUACUUAAUCAUUAUUUGACAACUACUCUGUGCGUCAGGAAUAAAGAGAUGAUAGCAACGACUCUGUGCGUCUGUGAAUCUCACUAUUUGACAACUACUCGUUCUGGUUCCACGAGGACGGGUUAGAACUAUUAGGUCUAUUACCUAACUUAGUUAGGAUUUUUAUUUUUGUUGAAUCUCUACUUCUAUUGAGAGUAAUAAAUGUGCUUGAUCAUGUAGUAGACGAUGACACCUUGCUCUUUGAAGAACACCGAAAAAUGGUGCAAUCAAUUUAGGUGUUUUACCCAAGAAGACACCGCUGGCUAUCGUGCCAAGGACAGCUCCUUUCCCUCCGCUUGGGCAGAAUAUCAAGUAGCUGAGUUUUUUCGGAUGCGCAAGCCUCGGGACCAAGAUGAAGUCCUCUACUGGGCUCAGCACAAAACGGAUGUAUUGCGUCUGCAGAUGCCACAACAGAUUUUUAAUUUGCCGAAAAGAGUUGCUGACGACGUCAGACCCUCGUUGAACGAAAAGCUGUUCAAUGAACGCAAGAUCGAGGAUUUGAAACGAGUCUUGUACUCUAUGAACCGAGCGCAUCAGAGCGAAUUUGCGCAAAGUGCUGUGACAAAUGGCGCGCAGACUUAUGCAUACGUACUUUUUUUGAAUAGCCCUGUGAAAUCGACUAAUUCUGUGUAAAUGUAUUUUAACUAAGAAUUCUUCUGCCAGUAUUAAGCUAUCAUCAAUGUCCUACUUCUAGCUAGAGCUAUUUUCUAUUGCUUGUUUCCACCUCCUUCUUCCCCGUCUCAACACAGGCCGGCCCUGCUUCUCCUACCUCGUCUCCGCAUGCGACUGGCACCAGCUGCCAUUCCAGUGGGAAACAGGGUAUUCUAUCUCGUGCUCUCUAUGAGAAGUUGGUCAUUGCGGAAGGCGAGCGUCCCCUGAGUCCCGGGAGAGAGCAGACGCCUUUCGUCGAACUAGAGACAAUACUCGCAGAGCGCGUCAAAGAGGAAGAAAUUGCGGCACAGCCGAGCAUGGUGUCAUCAGAGGUGUCCGGACCCCAAUAUGCGCGCAACUGCAUUUCGAUGGGGAUCCAUCACGACAACAUCAAACGAUACAAAGCAGCGAUACCAUAUUACUUAUGGCUUUGAACCAACAUUAGUAAUUAUUCUCUACAAACUGUUAAUAGCACUCUCUAUAGGAAAAAGAAUGUCAACUUUAGUUUUUUUCGUCAAACAAGGUCUAGAAGUUGUGUGAAUGCUCAUACUCUCCAAGAAUCUUUCCUACCUCUAAUCCCUGAGAAAUUCCUGAAAUUGUGUAUGCGAGCGCGGGACCGCCACGGGAUUGCUCUAGCGUACCACUGUAUGGCAGUAAAUUAUCAGCUUCUGGGUCUAGAGGAGUCGGAGUCGAACGGAGGAGUCAUGAGCGGGCUGACCCAGGGCCAAGAGGAAGCUAAAAAACGUUCCUUCCUCGAACACGCAGUGCGCAAUCACGUCCUCCACCGAAAUCAUAGCGACUUGGUCGGUCGUUUUGUCGCACACGUGAAUUUGGGCAUAUGCUACAAGCAUUUGCAAGACGCUAAAGGGAGUGCGGUGAAUCACGAAGCGGCAUACGAAAUGAGCAAGUAUUUGAAGAGCAGCGACGCCACCCGUCUCGCAGUAAGGAACUUUGCUUUUCAGGCGUCAAAUACUACCGGAGAUCAAGAUGAGAGGAACACUACUUCUGCGGGAAUGAAUACUACUGCGGGGAUGAAUACUACUGCGAACACUACUGCUUCUUCGAUGAAUACUACUGCUUCCUCUACCAAUAGUUCUGGACCUAGCACAGUUGCUGGAGGGAUGAUCUCGUCGUCCUCAGCGAUGGAGAUGCGUCUUCUGGCCAAGGUCCUGUCCGAUCAUUACAACGGCCACCGGAAGGAGCCAACCAAGGACGUUUUUGUGCCGAAGGGUGUGGCGCGUGUGGGUGUGGCGCCAGAUCGUCGUGGAGGCAUUAUACCGCAGAAUUCUCGCCAUUUGCGUGCAUCGGAAGCAUUGAAACAAAUGGGAGAUUUUUGUCUAUCUUCCAGCAGAACAACUGCUGGUGCAACUUCUGGCCGUGGACCUGCUUCUUCAUCUAGCCAACUUUCUUCUGGUGGACUCACUGGGCCAACGCUGCUCCAAGACGAGGCUGCAGUUGUUCUGUACAAAAAAGCAGUGACUUUGGCCGGUAGAAGUGGAGAAAGCCAGAAAAAAGUGAACCAGAUGUCGGUGACCUUGGCCCAGGCGCAAGCGCGAGGAAAAGCACUGGAUCACAUCGCCGCAGUUUCAUCCAAGAGUGCCUCAUCGUUGUUGAUGAACGGAAGUUCUACAACUUCUAGCAGUCGUGGUCAGGCAAGAAAUAGAUCUUCAGGUUCCUCGACUUCCAGAUCUCUCAAGAAGCCAGCUGUUCCAGCAAGCACAUCAGCGACAGCGGAGGUCGCCUUUAACGACGUGGACCCAAGUGACUUGCAAGAUCUGAUUUUGACGCUCAACACACACAAAAAGGAGGUACUGGAGUCGAAAAAACGGCGACCAGUGUAAGUAGACAAGACGAAGGCGACGAAACGUUGCAUUUUUUACUCCCUCCUUCUGUUGUAUCAACAAAUAAAGAUUUUGAUUUAGAGUAAAUGUACAGAUUUAGGCAUGGAGAUCGCGCUGUGAAAUGAAAGAGCAGGAGCUGUAAACAAAAUUGAAUUCUUGUAGUCCAUUAACAUCACUUAGAUUUACGGACUUCCAGGGGAGCCACAGAUUCAUAGCGAAUUUUGCCUUGUAUAGAAAAUGUAACGCAAAAAAUAUGACCGUUUUUGACGGGGGAGUUGUUUAGUAGGGAGCCUUUAUUUUUUUGGGGAGAUAUAUACAUUAUCUUAUCGGAGCUCGUUUGUAUAUUUUACGUCUUUCUAGUACUUUCUCAUAGAGCAAGAGCUGGGUUAAAGUGAACUCUACUUGGUAGGAGUCCUAUUUUUGCCUCGUUAUAUUGCGAUCUGCUUGUUCUUGGACCUUGAUUUUUGACCACUUACAUAUUUUAAUGAACCAAAAAUGAUAAAAACCUUAUUUUUACACCUACUUUUGAAGAGAUUUAACGUUUAUGCUGAUUACGACUUCAACAUGCAAAGUACCUACGCAAACAAGAACGCGAGUGAUUGAUACUGAAAAUUGGUACGACUUCCUCGUAUUCAACGUUUUUUUGAUGUUGACUCUCGUUAGUGAUUUCAAGCCGACCUCAACGAACCGACCUCAACGUCUUUAAGAUUUCAAUCUUUCAGUCGUGUGGCAGCAGUAGCGGACCUUAAUGUGUG